AUGUGUCAACUAAGGCGAAUACUCGUCUCAUUUGCACACAAUUGUAGACAUACUUUUGGCAUAUCGCGCACAUCAAAUAACUUAACGUAUACUGUGAAAGUUCUCGACGAUGUCAGUGCAGACUGCUCGUACCAUGAGAUACGUGACAACUGGUGUUUCUGCGGCUGCAAUAUGGCUGGAAUCUCAGACGAAUUUGUCGCUGCAAUGCCUUGA